AUAUACAAAGUAAAAUUAUCAUUAGAACUGGGGUAAUGUUUACAUUGGGUAAACAAGAAAGAUAAGAUUUUAACGGACCAGUAUUACUAAAAAAUUUUAGUUCUAAUAUUUAUAUCAAGCCGUGAAGAUGUUGCCGGCCUUUGUCAUAAUUCCGGGAAUUUUCUUCAUAGCCAUUAUAGCCACAGCAUUCGCAGCUAUUUUUAACGUCGGUUUCAAAGCACAUGACUGUCGAAUUCUAAGGGAUACUAUCACCAGUGGUCUACUUGCUGACAAUAGGAAUCAAUUCGACCUUCCGUUAGAUAUUCACUUAGAUCCCCAUGAGUCGAGGCUUAUGAUCUGCAAUGGCAGCGAGUUUAGUACCACUUGCCAGGAAAACGGGAUAUAUUAUCCACCACUACCCAGUCCCAACUGUGUAGAGACCCUAAGACCAUUUAUUAACUCCGUUCAAGAUCGCAGAUAUCCGCAUACCAUAUAUGUCGUGGCUUUAUCGGACGGGACUAGACAAAUGGAGCUCUUUCAUAGCUGCUAUGACGCAGAAACGAUGACGGCGUAUUGGUCCAUCAACACGGUCCACCCGCCAGUUUCAAGAUCUGAGCGACCACGAGCGAGCUUCAUCCGUGAUGGCCUAAUUUCUGCCAGAGAUGCGGCCUCUUUUCAACAGAGUAAUAUUUAUAAUCGGUUUGAAGCACUUCUCGGACCGGAACAGCGGUAUAUAGCUUCUCCACAAACUCUCUCCUUCGACCGAGGACACCUGACUCCCGCCGCAGACUUCCCCAACGCCUGGGCUAGCCAGCAGACUAAUAGGUACCAAAAUGUUGUCCCCCAAUACUACAGAAUCAACCGGGGCAAUUGGAGGAAUGUUGAAAAUUGGGUUCGUCAACAACACGAUACCCUGAUAGUCUGCACUGGGGCUUUGGGUGUACUUGAACUGAACAACAGGAAUCAAGUGCCGACGCCGAUUUACCUAGCAGAAGGCAGAAACCCAGUUCCCAGGUGGAUCUACAAAAUCAUUUAUAGUGUCGACAGCAAAAAAACAACAGUGAUUUUGACAUCAAACAAUGGAUGGGAAACUGAAAGACCAAACCCAGAAGCUUUUGAUCGAGUUGUGCCCUGCCCCCCAACAUUAAUACGUACUGAAGUUGGAUUCACAUUCUGCUGCGAUCCAACUGACUUUAUUAAAAGGAACAACCCUGGGUGCAUUCAGACAAACAAAAUACCCAUAUGGAGAUGAAUUACGUUUGUAGCUCUUAAACAAUGCAUUCAUAGUUCUCUUUUGAUAAUUUUUAAGUAAAUUGCUCAACAACAACGAUUAUAAAGUUGAAUAUUGUUUACACAACACAAGAUAUUUUCAUAAUAAUAAUAUUGUUA